AUGUCUUCGGAGGGAUACCCUCGCCGCACCUUGCAGCUCACUCAUAACCAUCUUUUCUCUACUCGUGUUCAUUCCAUGGCAGACGUUGAUCGGGCCUUACUAUCCUACAAGAAAGCCAAGGCCAUCGCUCAGACCUACCACAUGACUAUCGACGAUAUUCAAUCACUCACACCAAAGUUCUGGCAGCUACACAGUGACCCGAUCGCAUUGCUCGAUGGCGCGACUAUAACGCUCCUUACUAUCCAGUUCAACUUAUGCGCGGGGACCAUCGCGCGCUACGCACGCCAGCGGCCCGAGCUUGUUGCUGUGGUGGAAGACCUCUUGCAAUAUCGCAAGCACGGCCAAUUCAUGCUGACCGAGCUCGGACAUGGGCUCGACAUUGCAAACAUCGAGACAACCGCUACCCUGCUCCCGACAGGCGACUUUUUGUUGAAUUCACCGACGCCAACUUCCGCGAAGUUUAUGCCCCCGACCGUACCUGCCGGCUUGCCAUGUGUCGCUGUCGUGUUUGCGAAGUUGAUCAUUGACGACGAAGACCGCGGCCACCGGCCGUUUAUUGUCACUCUCAAUGACGGUAAAGAAAUGUGUACAGGCGUACAGUCCAGCCUCCUCCCCUUCCGCGGUGGAACCCACCCGAUCAUGCACUCUCUCACUCGGUUUCGCAACGAUCGGCUGCCCCGCAGCGCUCUACUGGGAUCGCUCGAGAAGCCCUCGAACGACCACGCAAACCUCAUGGACGUCAUCCAACGGGUCGCCAUUGGCACCAUCGCCAUCGGGUGCCUCACGCUGCCCGCCAUGCAAUACACCGCCACCAUCGGUGGACUCUAUUCCCUCCGGCGCCAGGUCGGAAGCGGUGCGAAGCGCAUGCCCAUCCUCGCCUUUCGCACUCAGCAUGCCCCCAUCCUCGCUGUGGCGGCGAACGCGUACGUGGUACAAGCGCUGCAACGGUGGGCCAUCGGGCAGUUCUGCGACGCUCUGUUGGAUGUGCGUGUGCGCCACGGCAUUGCGGCGGUCUUCAAGAGCGUCGCGGUGCAGCACGAACAGCAGGGCGUGCUCGCAGUCUCAGAGCGGUGCGGUGCCCAAGGUCUGUUUGCGCACAACCAGCUGAGCUGCCUUCAUGGUGAAGUGCGCGGUCUCGCUAUAGCGGAGGGGGACGUGCUCGGGCUUGCCAUUCGCCUCGUGAACGAGCUGCUCCUCGGCCGAUACACUCUCCCGCCUCCGUCCAAUCCGACUUCGCUGCUCGCCCUCCACGAAGCAGGCCUGUUCGCAGACCUCCACAGGAUCGUCAAGAGCGCAACGCACCACCGAAGCGACGAGGUCAACCGCCGUAUCCUCCCGCACUGUCUCCCCAUGAUGGAGGCCAUAGGCCAUCGCAUGGCCUACGACGCGGCGGUCGCGCAGGGCGUGCGGCCCGCGCUCGUAGACCUGUAUGUCGCGAACGUAGUCAAGCUCGAUGCAGCGUGGUACGUGGAGAACACCGAGCUCGCACGCGCCGCGCAGGAGGAGAUGGAGACACGGGCCGUGGACGCUGUGCUGCCUAUGCUGGGCGAACUCGUGCAGGAGAUGGAUGUGUUCGCGUACGUGAACGCGCCUAUCGUGAGCAACGAGCGGUGGGACGCGUUUGCUGGCGGAUUGGAGACGUAUGAGGGGAGUGCACACGUGGAUUUCUUGGAGCCGCGGAUUGCGGCCAAUGGUCAGUCGGAGAUGUCGAGGUCCCAUCUGUGA